AUGUGGCCUCCCCUCCAUCCCCCCUCCUCUAUGCCUCACCAAUCAUCCUCUCUGCCUCUCACCCCGCGCCCACUCCUUAUCCCAACCACACCCACUUACCCCUACCUCUCCCUCCCCCUUAACCCUCGUGCAACAUCCCUCCACCUCCUCUCACCACCUUUUUCUCUCAUGCUAUUACUCACUCCCCUCUUACUCUUCCUUUCUCCUACCUCCCCUCUCACCACCUCCUCUACCCACCUCUCCUCCUCCUCCCCCCCACCGAUCCUUUUGUACACUCUCCCCACCCCACUUCUUCUCCCCCACUCCAAGUCCCUCCACCUUCCCACCCCUCCGCUCGCCUACCCUCCCCCCGAAUCACCCCCUGGCAACUCCCCACCCACGCAGCCCUACCACCUCCCCCUCUCCCCCGCCCAUUACCUCGACUAUCCCAUACCCCGUUCUCCCCCCCAUCUCUCUCACAACACGCUCACACCUCCCGUCCCCUGCGCACCCCAUUCUCCCUCCCAUUCCUCCACCCUCCUGUCCUCUACGAUCCUCCCCGACCAUCACUUCACACCCCCUCUCUUCUACCCCCCCUCUCCUUCCCUAGUACCCCACACCUACUUCUCUCACAUCCACCAUCCCCCCCCCCCGGCGCGCCGCCUCCCCCCCCUCCCGACAACCGCCCCGCCUCUCCACCCUCCUCGCCACCCCACGCCUCAUCCCAACACCUAA